AUGGUUCUAGCUCAUUCGCUCCUGACCGCAGCAUGCCUGCUCUUAACUACAGCUGUGGAAGCUCACCCCCACCCACACACUCCCAAUGGUGCUCGAAUCCUUCAGGAGCGUACCGAGAAGGCAAAGAAAUGCAGUAGCCAAGUUGGAGCCAUGAAAGCAAAAAGACACCAAAUACGAAAGCGACAAGACCUCGAGAAGCGUGGGUUGCGUCAAGGAAUCGAUGACACGACUACCGACUAUGUGAUCCAUGCUGAAGCACCCAAGUACGAUUUCCUCAAGAACGAUACCUGUAUCCUGGCUCCAGAGAUUACCCAAGGUCCCUACUGGUAUCCACCUCAUGAGCUUUUACGCCAGGACAUGACCGAAAGUGAAGUUGGUGUGCCUCUGGAGCUUGAGAUCGGUAUCAUUGAUGUUCACUCCUGUCUUCCUCUGGAUAAUGUGCUGCUGAGCCUGUGGCACUGCAACGCUUCUGGGUCAUACAGCUCGUUCGAUUAUGACCCGAACACUCCCUUCGAGACGUUGCUUGAGGAAAACGGAAUUGAUGACCCUUCAGGCUAUGAUAAUUGGGCUUUCCUCUCCAACAGCGACACUACGUUCCUGCGCGGCAUGUGGCCGACCGAUAAGCACGGCGUUAGCUCCUUCAAGUCUAUCUUCCCGGGUUUCUACGUUGAUCGAAGCAUCCAUAUUCACGUUCAAGCAUACACCGAUUGGACUGUCCAAAGAAACGGGACCGUCGACUCUGGUAGAGUGGUCGAGACUGGACAACUGUUCUUUGCCGAAGACCUCUCAGAGCAGAUCAUGUCCCUAGAACCCUAUGUCAGCCAUACGGAGAUCACUCGCUUGAAGAACAGCAACGACAGUAUCUUUUCGCAAGUGACGAAGUCUGGCGCGAUGGCAGAUGUCGACACUGAACCUCUCGAUGGCGUUGACUACAAGAAUGGUGUCCUUGCUUACAUUACUAUUGGCAUCGAAACCACCACGAUCAAGAACGGAAUGACUGCAUCGCCAACUGGCGAGUAA